UGAAUUGAUGAUAUCUACAAAUAAUUGAAGAUAUCUUCAAUUAUUUGAGUUUAUGUUAAUUUGGCGCUCCAUACUUCUCGGGUCAAACAAAACAUCUGUUGUCCUCGAGCCCAGUCAAUAACUGUAUAUUCUUGCGCGGCCUGUAAUAAUUUCUCCAUCGUACACCUUUUUGUCCAGUAUAUUCAAGGCUUUACAUGCUGUUUUGUUUUCCGUUGGGGUUUAGAUCCUGCUGGUUUGUGUGUACGUGGUGUGCAUAGCAUCGUCUGUAGACAGUAUUCCGGAGCCCAUCCACAUCAGAAGCGCUUGGGGCACUGGGAUAGACGGUUAUUUCCUGGUACCACCCUCUCUCCAGGGGAAGGGAUGGAUGGCUACUAUUACUUGUGAUAAACCCAUCAAACAGCUAGAGAUUUGGUCCGCCUCCGUAGUAUCGGGGAACGUUAAGUCGGAUAGUUCCGUAUUUGUUGUACGAAAUGAGGACCUCUUCUCCGAUGGUGACAACAAACCGCCUCUAGAGAUAGAGGUAGUCAUCCGGAUGCCGACGGAAAACAAAGUCAAUUGUUUAUCUGAAACCUCUGCUAUAUUGGACAUGCUCACCACUACUGUUGGAACAACUACGUCACCAAAUGGAAACCCAGAUACCAGUUCUAACUCGCAACCUGGGUCUCACCCACACGUCACUUCCGAAAACUCUGUGGAAUUCAACUACUCAGAGGCCCUAACCCUAUCGAUUUUGUUUUUCGACGCUCAACGAUCUGGUGUACUUCCGGCGAACAACCCAAUACCUUGGAGAAAAGAUUCCGCCGUCAGUGACCAUGGUGAUAACGGAGAAGAUUUAACUGGCGGGUGGUAUGAUGCUGGUGAUCAUGUGAAAUUUAAUCUUCCGAUGGCAUCAUCUGCUCAUGUUCUAUCCUGGGGUCUCGAGAGGUGGAAAGACGCUUAUCAAUCUACAGGGCAGCUCGAAAUGAUGUACGACAUGUUGAAAUGGCCGCUAGACUAUUUUCUAAAAUGUUGGAAUCCAAAUACUCAGGAAUAUUAUGCCCAGGUUGGUAAUGGUAAAGAGGACCAUCGAUACUGGGGGCGCCCUGAAGAUAUGUCUAAAUUCAGACCUAUGUGGAGGCCUGCUUAUAAAUGUACCACGAAUGACACGUGUAGUGAUGUUGCUGGGGAGACGGCUGCCGCACUAGCAUCUGGGGCAAUGGUGUUUAAAGACAGGAAUGCAACUUAUUCUCAGAAGCUGCUCUCUGCUGCUAAAAGUUUGUAUGAUUUUGCCAAAGGAAAUCUAGGAACGUAUGACACAACAGCUGUCCAAGAUGCCGGCAAAUAUUACCAUUCUAAUUCCUACGGAGAUGAGCUCUGUACAGCAGCAGUGGAACUCUACAAGGCUACACAGGAUUCAAAAUACCUACAGGACGCCAUUUCUUUCUUUGACUCUGGAAUGAGAAGUUGGGCGUUCUCGUGGGACGACAAGAACGUCCAGUGUGCACUUAUUAUAUACAGAAUCUUAGGAGAUGGUCAAUACAAAUCUCACGUUGAAGACUUCAUCAGAAGUUACAUGCCGGGAGGAAGCGUCCAACAAACACCGUGUGGUUUGGCCUGGAGAAGUGGAGUAGGACCCCUUAGAUACACAGGUAAUGCGGUUUUGAUAGCCUUAAUGGCUGUUGAUGCGGGUAUUGGUGGAACGCAAUACAAGACAUGGGCUAUGAAACAGAUCAAUUACAUGCUAGGAGACAAUAAACAAAACAUGAGCUACCAAAUCGGAUUUGGGACAAAUUAUCCAGUGAAACCCUACCACAGAGCGAGUUCCUGUCCCGACCCUCCCUCGUCUCCCUGUGGCUGGGACAAUAUCAACAGUCAUGAUCCGAGUCCCCACAUCCUUCAAGGGGCGCUAGUCGGAGGCCCGGAUGACAAAGAUGUUUAUACCGACACCUAUGUGGCGUGUGAUUACAAUGCAGGCUUUCAGUCAGCUCUUGCAGGUUUAAUACAUCUUGAAAACAAUGGCCUUCUACCAUCCCCUGCUGAUCCAACGCAAAUGCAUCAAAUAAAAAAUUGCAUCACGUGACUUAUGCUUAUUUUAGCUUAUCUUGUUGAAG